AUGAGGGGUGCGGGCGGAUUCUACAAAGGCACCAAUACGGAGCAGACGCCCUACUUUGGGGAUAAGGAAAAAAAGCUAAUUGAAAAAAUGACCUGGCCGGAAAUUUAUAACCAAAAGAUAGACCUCACCAAGAUCAACUUGGACGUGGUAGGAAAAUGGAUUCACAAAAGGCUCAUCGAAAUUUUAGGCUUUGAGGACGACAUAUUGUAUGAGUACUGUGUCUCUCAGUUGAGGCUCGACGAGGAAGGCAUCGACGACGAGAGCGAAAACUUCCUAAACUCGAAGAGGCUGAAAAUAAAUCUUACUGGCUUCAUUGGAAAUAAAAAAAGCGAAGUCUUCGUCCAGGAACUACUGGAACUUCUCAUUUCUAACGAGCAGAAUGAAGAACAAAUUGUGGAAUCCCAACUGGAAACGAAAAGAAUAGAAAUGGAGCAAGUCAGAAAGGAGAAUGAGCUCCUGCAGAGGAACAUCGAUAGUUUAAGGAGCAUAUACACAGAAAAUGUAAACCAGAAAGACCACACCCCAGUGGAAAACGCCAGCGGAAAAACGGAUGACCUAAAUGGGAUGCCGCAGGACCAGAACAAACAGAUCGAUAGGGACUCACCUAAACGCAGUGAUCACAUCCACAACAAGAGGAGGAAGAAACCAACUAGAUCUUCUACUCCCGAAUCGUCCCGGUCCACCAGCCAGUUAGACAAACACACUAAUUACAAAAGGAGGAAAAAUAAAAUAUAUGUAAAGAGGGGAAAGCAUCGCAGUGAUGAAGACACGUCCAAUGGUGCAGAUGAAGAGGAGCGGGAGGAGCCGAGCUCUAUUGAAGAUUCCUCUUCGGAUGAGCCAACGGAGGAAUUAAAAAAAAAAAAAAAAAGUCAUAAACAUAUGUCAAGUGUAGAUAGUUCUAGUCCUGAGCGCAGCAGUGACAGGCACAGGAGGAAAAUGGAUCUGCAUAGAGAAAGGAGGAGAAGGCGAGAUCGGGAUAGAAGCCGCAACAGGGACAGAAACCGGCGAAGGGAUAGAAGUCGAAGGAGGGAUAGAAGUAGGGGAAGGGAAAGAAGCAGAGAAAGGGAGAGGCAUCGAGACAGGGGAAGACAUCGCGUUAGAGAUCGAAGCCUGGACAUAAGAAGAUCUCGCAGGGAACGCAGAAGGCAAUCCACCGUAACGCCAUCCGAGUCCAAGUCAAGCACUGCAUCCAGCAGCAGCACAAGCAGCAUCGAGAGGGACUAUGCAAGGAGGGAAAGGAGAGGGACGGAAAGGAAUAAGCAUCGAAGAAAGUUGGACACAGCGAAUGGCAGAAAUGGUAGAGGCUCCAUGAAUGAGUUUGUCGACGACAGUACCCAAAAAUCGUCCAGAGAUUCCAACAGGAAAGAAAUUCACAGCAUAAUGAAAAAGAAAAGCUACAACAGUAUUAAAAAGGGCCUUCGGGCUUGGUCUCCCUCCGAGAGUGAAAAUGGGUAA